CCCUCCCUUCCCCUCCCCUCCUCCUUUUAAAUAGCUAUAUUACACAGAGAAUUCAUUUGUACUAUACACUCAGAGAGAAAGGGGGAAGAGAGAGCAGCAGCAGCAGCAGGAGGCAUGGAGAGGGAAAUUUAACAGGCAAACAUGACAGGGAGGUUUAGAGAUGAGGUUUGACAGAGCUCUCUGGAAGAGCAGGGGUGGCUAAGAACAGGGGGGCGUGAGCAAUGGUGCUCCCUGCCUCUUUUGUUGUAGCAGGCACAAGGCAAAAGGGCCAGCCAGAGAAGUCUUGCUGCAGAAAAUCUCUGGAGAUGUUGAUGGCAUGGACUGGACAAUCCGAGAGCAUCUCUUUUGCCUUCAGCCCACCUUUGGGGUCACCGCCAGCAGCCCUCCAGCAUGUCUUAUGACGGAAUUCCCAAUUCCAGGUCUAGCUAAAACAUGCAAGACUACGAUGGGAUCUGAACUCAGGGUUUCCAGGAUCAAAGCCAACAUCUUAUGUCUUGUACUGCACUGCCUCUCAUACUGAGCCCAACCAUGGCUGGAGAUUCUAGGAUCUUCAUGAACCAGGACAUGGAAAUUGGUGUCACUCCAAGAGAGCAUAAGAAGAUUCCCAAGCAAGCCCGGGAUGAUAUCCCAAUUGCUACUGAUCGAACACGUCUUUUGGCAGCAGAAAUCAAAAAGCCACGCCAACGCUACAUGGAAAAAAGUGGCAAAUGCAAUGUGCACCAUGGAAAUGUCCAGGAAACUUAUCGAUAUCUUAGUGACCUCUUUACCACUUUGGUGGACCUCAAGUGGCGCUUUAACCUUCUUGUGUUUACCAUGGUCUACACCAUCACUUGGUUGUUUUUUGGUUUCAUCUGGUGGCUCAUUGCUUAUAUCCGAGGAGACCUAGACCAUGCAGAAGAUGAAGACUGGAUCCCUUGUGUUGACAAUCUCAGUGGGUUUGUCUCAGCAUUCCUGUUCUCUAUUGAGACAGAGACCACCAUUGGAUAUGGCCAUCGAGUGAUCACAGAAAAAUGUCCUGAGGGUAUCAUAUUACUUUUGGUUCAGGCCAUACUGGGCUCUAUAGUCAAUGCAUUCAUGGUGGGAUGCAUGUUUGUGAAGAUCAGCCAACCAAAGAAGAGGGCAGAGACCCUCAUGUUUUCCAACAAUGCUGUGAUUUCAAUGAGAGAUGAGAAGCUUUGUCUUAUGUUCCGAGUUGGGGACCUAAGAAAUUCCCACAUUGUUGAGGCCUCUAUUCGAGCCAAGCUGAUAAAAUCCAAACAGACCAAAGAAGGGGAAUUCAUCCCUUUGAAUCAAACAGACAUCAAUGUGGGAUUUGACACAGGGGACGACAGGCUGUUUUUAGUGUCCCCACUCAUUAUUUCUCAUGAAAUCAACGAGAAGAGCCCCUUUUGGGAGAUGUCCCGUGCCCAGCUGGAAAAAGAGGAGUUUGAAAUUGUGGUCAUUUUGGAAGGGAUGGUGGAAGCAACUGGAAUGACCUGCCAGGCUCGCAGCUCCUACAUGGACACAGAAGUGCUCUGGGGACACCGCUUCACCCCUGUGCUCACCCUGGAGAAGGACUUCUACGAAGUCGAUUACAAUAGCUUCCACAACACCUACGAAACCAACACCCCCUCAUGCUGUGCCAAAGAACUAGCUGAGUCUUUCCAGGAAGGGCGGCUCCUCAGUCACCCAUCCAAUGCCAACCUGCUGAGUGGGGUGGAAUCAGAGAAGGGGAAAGAGGAUGAGGAGAAGGAGAAGGAAGAGCAGCAGGAAGAGAAAGUCAAGGGCAGUCAAGAGGCGAACAAAGCUGAAGGCCAGGAGCCUGUUGAGUUGAACGGAGCCAACGGGACAGCAGGAGAAGUGAAGGACAACAAAUCCUUAUAAUGCAAAGACCUUUUUCUGAACUCUAGGAAAUUCAGGUGCACCUACCACGGAAGGGGCACAGAGAGAUAUCAGGGAACUAAAGGCUAAGGGACAAUGUUGUCAUCCCCCGGCGACAUUCCUGCAAUUGGAUGGGCCCCUCCGUAUAUUUGGGCUUCUCCCUCCAUUCUGAAAAAUGAGGGGGGCAUUACUACAGGGACAUACUCACCAGUCUGAGAUCCAUGGACUAGCUAAGAAGUAUUAAUUUAAGAUGUGUUGUGAUUAUAAUAAGUAAUGUUGGAAUUUCACUGUUAUUAUUAUUUUAUUUUUAUUUAUUUUGGACUGUCUCUCUUCAGGAAGAAGGAGGGUAUCUCUUUUAAAACUCCUUGUCUGGUGAAAGGAAUGUAACUCCAAAUCUUUUCCUUCCUUAUCUCAGUGCAUUGCAGACACUAACUAUUUAAUUUUAAAAGGAGAGGGAGAGAGAGAGAGAAAGGGAGGACUGAGGAAGGUGACCUUCUGUAUUCCAUCAAGUAGUGUUUUUUUGUAACUUCUUCUGUGCAAUACUAUGUACUCUGACUAUUUUGCCUUUUGGAUCUUAUCCACUGUGCUUUCCCUCAAGACAGGCUGAGAUAUACUUGAUGGGAAAAUGGAUUUCACCCUCAGAAAAGAAGCCAUUGUCCGUGAUGGCUGGGGAUGAUGAUAGUUAUAAUAUAACAUGGCUGGAGGGCAGUGGGUUGAGGAAUGCUGUUUUAUGGUUUGCGUAAAGAGUGAUGCCAGCCAAAAGGUUCUGUUUUCAAUUUGAUAAGAAGUUCAGUUGAUGCUGGAUGGUUAGAUGGUUUGAGUCUUACCUUAUCCAGCAGCCAUUUUGUACAUCAUGUAGUAAUUGCCAAUGCCUAUCAUGGAACAUACACUGAAUGAAGCUGAAACUUUAAAAAUCUAAGCAAAUAUUGACAUGAAAGUGAUUGGGUACAAUUUCAUAUAUGCUUCAGUUUAUAUCUCUAUUUCAAACAUUGAAGCUUUUGAGUAUCAUUGCUCAUACAGUCAAAACCACACUACCCAUACAUAUGAAUAUCAAAAUAUUCAGGUGAACACCAGGGUUUGCAGAAAUACUGAAAGCCUUUGGUGGGAUUAGUCUUGUGAUUAGAAUGUAGUAAUAAAGGGGUAAAACCUAUUUUGGAGAACUCGAAAAACAAGAAGGGAGGAGGAGUAGCAUUAAAUGUCAAGGCUAUGUACACCUGUGCAAAGAUCCAUGACCUUAAUCCUGGAAGCCAGGUUGGGAGCAUCUAUGUAAAGAUUAUGGAGGAAAGAAAAAACAGAAAUGUUAUUGCGGGGGUCUACUACAGACCUCCAAGCCAGACUGAGUAGGUGGAUUAUUCUAUUCUGGAACAGAUGACCACACAUUCACAAAGGAGAGCUGUAGUAGUAAUGGAGGAUUUCAACUAUCCUGAUAUUUGUUGGAAAUUAAACUCUACCUAAACUUUAAGGUCCAGCAAAUACCUUACUUGCCUUGGAGACACUUUCAUUGUCCAGAAGGUGGAAAAGACAACUAGGGGAUGGGCUAUUUUAGAUCUGAUCCUAACCAAUAGUGAUGAUCUGGUUAAUAGGGUGGAAGUGGUGAGAUCCUUAGGUAGGAAAGACCAUGUUCUCCUGGAGUUUGUUAUACAGUAGAAGGGGGAAGCCAAGCAUAGUCAGACAUGCAUUCCAGAGUUUUAGAAAGCUGAUUUCAGUAAACCUAGGGAAAUAUAGGGGAUGAUCCCAUGGUUAGGAAUACUAAAAGAGAAGGGAGUUCACGAUAAGAGUUUUUUAAAAAGUGAAAUAUUGAAGACACAAUUUCAAACAGUUCCAAUGAGGAGGAAGAAUGGGAGGUGUCUAAAAAAAUUAGGAUGGUUGUCUAAAGACUUUUUAACUGAGCUAAGAUGUGAAAGGGUCAUGUACAAGAAAUGGAAAAGGAGGGAUAUCACCAAAGAGGAACUCAAACAAAUAGCCAGCAUGUAUAGGGAGAAAGUAAGUAAAGCUCAAGCCCAGAAUGAGCUCAGGCUUGCUAGAGAGGUUAAAAAGAAGAAAAGGAUCCAUUCCAGACCCCCGCAUAAUGCAAAAAAUGCAUAUGUUCAAGCCCCAUUAAAAACAAUGCGGCUUGUGUAUGCAGCACCAUUCUUUUUAUUACAGCAUAUUACAGCAUAAGCUGAAAGCCACAUA